UACGACGUCUAGUACACGAAAGCAACAGCUUGAGCUUUGAUCUAGAUCUAUACAGGCAUGCUUCAACUAUUCCGGCGAUAGCCAGAUCCCUAGACGACCACCAGCAGCUCUGGCCGACAUGCUGCUCGGACGAGCCUUUGCCUCGGGCGGAGGACCGACGAGGGUGUUGAGCAUCAUCGCUCGUUAUCCCCGAGCUAGAGCUAGACAGCAGCUUGGGACGAGCAAGCGAUCAGCACACGCUUUGAUCGUCCCGAGCAGAGGUUACGCUGCUGCAGCAGCCCUCGAGAAGGAGCUGGAUCAGCCGCAUAAGGAGGAGCCGAGUACGGGGAAAGUGGAUCCCGCAUGGACGCGGACAGGAGAGGACGACGCCGCUUUGCACUCGUCUGGCUCGACUCUGAUGGAUGGGGCGGUGAUUAAUUCCAGCAGAACAUCGAGAAUCAGGCGUCGCGCUGGUCAGGCAAUCUCGAAACUUGCUGCUACAGCAGCCCAGAAGCCAUCUCCAGCUACCCCUCAAGCUGAUACCUUCUUCUUGAACCUUACCAACAAAGGCAAAGGGAGGGAGCGUAGUCACAAAAGCUUGCCGGAAGUACAGCGUAAAAACGAACAGCGUCGUCUCAGGCAAGCCCAACGAGGUCUACCUCCCGCUCGGCGGUCUCUGAGGUACCGCACCGUCCUGCUCUCCGAUAUCGAGGAUGCCGAGAGGAGGUUCUCUCAGUUCACACACGGGUUGGACGAAGAGAUUGCUGCCUGGCAGGAGAAGAAAAAGGCGUUACAGGAGGUCAAGAACGGGCAAGCCGUUUUGGAAAAGUGGUUGCGACAGAAUCCGCAUCCCCGAACGAUCUAUGCCGAUACCCUACGAGCGCAUCUCAACCAUCUGCUAUACCUUUCAGCACGUGCAGGUUCAUCUUCGAGUUACAACAAGUUUUCGAGUCUAUUCGGAGGAUAUGCGCUCGAGCUCGACAGUCGGACACAUCUGACGAGACUACUCAUGCUCGAUCGAAGACCGUAUGUUAGUCUGUCCAGGAUAACGGACAUUUGGAAGGAUUGGAAACAGAGCUUGCACGCGUCCGGAGAGUUGACGGAAGGCACGACGCCGGAAAUGUUUUGGCCAGCCGACGGAACGGUGUUGGCCAACCAGACGAUCUGGAUGUUAGCCAAACGGGGUCAAUGGCGGACGGUCGGCCCGGCCUAUCGCGAGAUGUUGCGAAAUACAAGCUUUGCGAGCUCGACCUCGUCGAACGCUUUUCCGGCCGAGUACUUUACGCCAUCGAAUCUUCUCUCUGGCAUAUACCCCGCUUUCCAUCAAAGUCGAGCGGACAAGGUCACUUAUCAGAGCUUGAUACGAGCGCUGGGAUUCCAUGGCAACGUCGUCGCGGCGUUGAAUGUCAUGGGGGACAUGCUACGCGACGAACGGGGAUACACGGCCGACAUCUCGGAUUAUGUCGCUGUGAUGCAGGGAUUCGCGCGGUUCGGAAACUCGCUCGAGCCCGAGGAAGCGCAUCGGCGACAAGCCAGACGAUUGUCCUUUCAAACGGAAUCCGAUUUGACCGACGAUCUGCUCGAAUUCUUUCCGCCUUUGAUCUUUCCCGGUCUUUUGCCUUUAGUGCACGUGCCCGAACGAGGAAACGCUGCCUCGGACACAACGACGCCCUUAGGGAAUCGUCAAGCCCACAGAUCGGGUGGUUUGAAAAAGCUGACCGAGAUUUGGGGGAGCAAGAUUGAUGGAUGGAUCGAAACCCCGAACGGAGCUCAGCCACGACGCGAGAGGGUACCAGGGAUGGAUCUCUCCAUUCUUACCAAGGUGUUUCGAGCUAUGCUGGGUACCUCGCCCGUGACUGGACGAGCGUCCACAUCGAGCUCGUCCCGCUAUUACGCCAGAUCUCGUCGGAUCCCGCUCGCUCCUACCCCCAGGGCCACGUUCAUCAUCUUGAUGGCCUUCGCUAGAUGCAGUGAUGGCGAUCCCGAGGUCCUCAGGAGCGUCUGGGCUGAUCUAGAAGACAAGUUUGGACCUGCAAGCGAGGAGGGUUGGGUGGGAUGGCAUGUUGACAAGCGAUUGAAACGAAUCGUCGGGGAGAUUAUCAAGGUCGGAACAUGAUGACACAUCACGAAUACAUCAGUGAAGGUUCCUGGGUUUCUCCGUGUAAUAGUACUAAGGAUAAGCACAUCGUGAUACGAAACAGUAUAUCGGCACUUUGCUAGUACCGCCGAGAGGCUCUAUCCCACUUUCUUUGCUUACGUAACGCGCGUAGAUUUCGCUUCAACCACGGACAAUCUGUGAUCUGUGUGUGUGUGUGCAUCUGUAGAACGAGAUUAAUCAUCAUCGAGUCCAC